AUGAGCAGCACACCCUACUCCCCCCUCGAUGGGAUCAGCCACCCUUACUACCCCCCCGACGCCACCGUCCCCUUUUACACAGCCAACACAACCCCCUUGCUCACAAUCCUCCUCUCCUUCGCGGGUCUCAUAUCCCUCUUCGUUUUGAUAUGUCUCACCCUCUCAAGAUAUGCCAACCCCAAGCUUCAGCAGUCCGAUCUAGCCGUGAUAGCCUGGUUCGCAGUUUGCGGCUUCCUCCACCUCUUUUUCGAAGGUUACUUCGUCCUCAACCACAAAACCAUACCCAGCUCCCAGUACCUCUUCGCGCAGCUCUGGAAAGAAUACGGCCUGAGCGACUCCCGGUAUCUAACCGCUGAUCCAUUCAUGGUUUGGAUCGAGACCCUCACCGUCUUAAUCUGGGGCCCCCUAUCCCUCCUCACAAUCUACCUCAUCACCACAAAUCAACAUGCCCUCCGCCACAUCACCCAGGUGGUGGUCUGCAUAGGCCAUUUGUACGGCGUUGCCCUCUACUAUGGGACGUGUCACUACAUCGAAAAGUACCGAGGCCUGCAGUACAGCAGGCCGGAGUGGGUUUACUACUGGGGGUACUAUGCCGGCAUGAACGCGCCUUGGGCGGUCGUGCCUGUUUUGUUGCUGUGGGGGAGCGUAAAGGAGAUCAAGCGGGCUUUCAGAGCUGUUCAGGAAGAUGAUAUUGCCAAGAAGGGCCUGUAAAACGUAUGGGAGCCAAUCGUGAUAUCUAUUUAAUCCAUCGCCUGGGCCAAAACUUGCAAAAUCAAACCCCAACAACAGUCCCGUCUAAUCAAUUGUGCUUGCCAACCUGA